GGCAAUUAAGCAAGAAAGUGACAGUUUAUGCAGCUUGCUGCUUUAUUGGCCGGACCUCUGAAAAUGAAAUGUAUAUAUAUCCUCUCCAUCGCCACUCAAUCACAUAUCAUUUCUCCCAUCCACCACCAAACCACAACAAUGGCUUCUUCUUCUUCUUGUUCCAUCUCCUCAGCAACUUGCCUUUCUCUCACUCUGUUUCUUCUCUUCUCAUGUUCAUUCUCGGCUGCUCUGCGGCACCAGCCAUCAUCACCUUCUCAACUGAAGCUCGUUUCUCCGGCAGCAAAAGGAGCAGGGCAGGCGGAAAGGAUGAUUCGGUCCCUGAAUUUGUUCCCGAAGCACGAAGCCAACAUCGUCUCGAACGAUACUUCGGGCGACGAUGAUGUUCAUCAGCAGCGAAUCAGCGAGAAGCGGUUCAGCUUCAACGUCUCCGGCGGCCCUGGCCCGUCUAUUCAGCAGUUCGGUCACUACGCCGGUUACUACUCCCUUCCUGACACCAAAGGCGCCAAGAUGUUCUAUUUCUUCUUCGAGUCGAGGGUGAACAACACCAAUGCCCCCGUGGUAAUCUGGCUGACCGGCGGGCCAGGUUGCGCCAGUGAGCUUGCGUUGUUCUACGAAAAUGGUCCGUUCAAGAUUACAGAGGACAUGGCUCUGCAGUGGAACGAUUAUGGUUGGGAUCAGGCGUCCAACAUUUUGUACGUCGACCAGCCGACGGGGACAGGGUUCAGCUACACGACCGACGACAGUGACAUCAGGCACGACGAGACCGGCGUCAGCAACGAUUUGUACAACUUCCUUCAGCAAUUCUUCAAAGGGCACUCGAAAUACGCGGGAAAUGAUUUCUACAUCACCGGAGAAUCGUACGCCGGUCAUUACAUCCCUGCUCUGGCUUCCAGGAUUUUCAAAGGGAAUCAGAACAAGGAAGGAAUUCACAUCAACAUGAAGGGAUUCGCAAUCGGAAAUGGUCUCACCGACCCUGCAUUCCAGUACAAAGCCUACCCUGAAUUCGCCCUCGCCGCGAAACUAAUCUCCCAAUCCGACCGCGAUUCCAUCGCCAGCGAACUCGUCCCGCCCUGCGAAUCCGCAAUUGCAGAGUGCAGCCCUGACAGCGAGGAUUCCUGCGAGGAAGCGCUCUACACCUGCAACCAAAUCUUCCAGUCCAUUCUCCAGAUCGCCGGCAACAUAAACUACUACGACAUCAGGAAGCAGUGCGAGGGCCAGCUCUGCUACGACUUCUCGCGAAUGGAGAACUUCCUGGGCGAGGACACCGUGAAAUCGGCGCUGGGAGUGAAGGACGACAUCGACUUCGUUUCCUGCAGCAGCGAGGUCUACGACGCGAUGAUGGGAGACUGGAUGAUCGACUACGAGACCGGGAUCCCGGCGCUGCUGGAGAGCGGGGUGAAGGUGCUGAUCUACGCCGGUGAGUACGACCUGAUCUGCAACUGGCUGGGGAACUCGAACUGGGUCAACGGCAUGAAAUGGUCGGGGCAGAGGAAGUUUCAGGCGGCUCCCAACGUGCCGUUCGUCGCCGGAAAUGCGAAGUCAGGGGAGCUGAAGAGCUAUGGACCGUUGUCCUUCUUGAAGGUGUACAAUGCCGGGCAUAUGGUGCCCAUGGAUCAGCCCAAGGUGGCGCUGCAGAUGUUGCAGGGGUGGAUGCAGGGGAAGCUUGCCUAGCUAGUUUGAUGACGAUUGGUAAAUUGCCCCAGAACCAAGGAGGAAGAGAUCUCUUCUUUUGAGGAUGGAAUUUGCAUAUGUGAAUUACUAUAGAUGAUGUUGAUAUAUUUCAAUCAUGAUGAAAUUGUAUGUGAUUUGUACAAGAGAAAUUGAUGUAUGUAAUGUAUAAAGGAAAUAACUUGGUUGUGGUUAUAACUUGUAAGGGUUUUAUGAUGUUUAUAGAGUGCGCAUGUCAAAUUAUCGGGAACUAAACUAUGAAA